AUGGGAAGAACCUCUGAAAAAAAGGAUUUGACUGAUAACGACAAAAGAACCAUCGUUGUGGGUCGUCAAAAUGGACUGACCAUGAUGACGUUGGCAGGAAUGUUCGGCGUGACAGAGGCGUGCAUUUCUCAGUUCCUAAAGCGUCGGAAAGCUCAAGAUGGCUCUACUAAGAACCAAAGCACUGGAAGACCACGUGUCACUGGUCGUAAUGACGAUAGAAACAUUUUGAAGACGUCUAGAACCAAUCCAAGACUCACCGCCCCUGCGAUCAGAAGGGAAUUUUUCUUGAAUUCGCCAUCUCCGCCAUCCGUCUCGACCGUGCAACGACGUCUGAAUGCUGCUGGAAUCAUGGGAAGACGUCCAGUGAAAAAACCGCUGAUUUCUGA